AUUUUCCUUCAGUCCGACGCGGACUUUCGAACGAACGCUCUCGGAUAUUGUGGUGCUUGCUGAGAAGAGAACGCGUCCGCCCCUUCGUGAAGUUUUUAGUAUGCCUGCAGGCGGGGACAUGUUCCUGAACGGCGGCGGCAGGGCUCAAAGUAUAUACCAACAGCAGUCCACUGGUGAAAAACACGUACUCUUCUACCCCACCAGUCCUGCUCCCUCGACGGCUUCUGAAGAAAAAAAAAGUUGGACGCAAGGGUCCACAGGCCAAAAUGUCAAAGAGAAAACAAACAACAACACGACGUCUGGCAGUAUUCUCAGAAUGAAAAAAAAUGAACCCAGUACUUCAGAUCAUCCACCGGACUCAGGGGGGUCAACGUUACAGAGAAACAACACAAUCGAUGAACAUUCCCUAAACCACUUCAGAAUUGGUAUAUAUGGUUGGAGGAAAAGAUGUCUGUACGUACUCAUAUUGGUGCUUCUACUGAUGGUCAUCAUCAACUUAGCUUUGACACUAUGGAUGUUGAAAGUCAUGGAAUUUUCAGCAGAAGGAAUGGGUCAUCUGAAAAUAGUCAACGGUGGAAUUAGAUUAGAAGGAAGAGCAUUUGUUCUUGAUAGUUUAUUAGCUAGUAGUAUCAAAUCAAGAUAUGGUCAACCGAUAGUGAUAGAAUCCAGUAUGAAUUUGACUUUAUCAACGAGGAAUAAGGAUGGCUAUUUGGAGAAUUUCAUAUUCUUAGGAGACGAUCGUUUCGAAUGCCUAGCAAAAAGUUUCAAAAUCAUGGACGAUCGAGGUGUCCUUUUAUUCUCAGUAGAUGACCAAGAGGUUUUAAUUGGAGCAGACAGUUUGAGAGUUUCUGGAGAAGGAGGUACAAGCUUCACAGGCUCCUUGCAAACAACUCUUGUCAGAGCAGAUUCGGAUUUAAGAUUAGAAUCUCCUACUGGCUCUCUCCACGUCAAGGCACCCCAGGGGGUGAAUAUCGAAUCAAGAGGAGGGAAAAUCAACUUACUUUCAUUCAACGAUAUAACUCUGAAAUCAGAGGUGGGUUCAAUCAAUUUGGAAUCAAGUUCGAUCCUGAUGCCAGCUCUGCCUACAGCAGUAUCCACGACUAGGCCCACAUCAUCGAAAACCCAUGAAAUAUACCAGCUUUGCGUGUGUGAUAACGGAAAACUUUUUUUAGCCCAUCCCCAACAUAUAUGUGCUGCAAACAGUGACGACAUUAUAUGUCGGUAAAAAAAAUUGGUGAAAAUUAAAACAAUGGUGGAUUUUAACAAAUAAUAACGAUUUCGAAUCAAAACAAAACGGAAAACAUCAACUGUGAUGAAGAAAAUUCCUUCUUAUAUUUUCUUCUUAAUUUUGUAUUAUUUUUUAAUGAAUCUCAAUUUAAUUCUAUAAAAAAAAAUCAAGACCUUGGGUUUUCUGAAUUUUUUCUCUCAUAUACAAUGUGAGUCUCUUUGACUUUAAGUACAAGAUUCCUGAGGUCAAAAGGCACACUUUCCCUCUCUACCUACCUUAUUUCUUAUCUUCUCGGUUAAAAAGAUACAGGCUGUUGAAAAUCUAUGAAAAAAUGUUAUUCUGAGUUAAAUUUCGCAAAUGGUCUUAUCAGAGGAAAUGAUUUUCGAAAUAUAGUUUUUCAUUGAUGUGAUGAAUCUGCUCCGAACAAAAAAUUUCAUCCACAUCUUCAAGUUUCUUCCUUAUGACCAUUACAUUUCAUAAAAAAUAUCAGGAAUUCGAAGAUCCCAACUCUUAAACUAAAGUGGAAGGCUCAUUAAUGAAUAUUUGACGAUUGUGAAAAAUAAAAGUAUUCCACAUAUUUUCUCGUAUAACGAAUCAUUUUCGAGUAAUUUGUUCUUAAAAUAAAAUUAUCUGUGAAAUUCAAAAAAUUGAGUACUUUGGCUAAAUGCGACUCUGUUGAAAAAACGCACAGAAAUGAAUACUUGCUAUGUUGUCACGUCCAAACUUCCAUAGAGUAGGUGAUAAACAUAGAUUAUUACUCUGAGCAGAUUUCAGAAUUGAAGCCGACUUUGUUUAAAAAAUAAGAAUAAAAUUAUUUGAAUAAACUCAACUCAACUACAAUCUGAAUUACUGAACUUUGGCGCAGCUCUGAUAAUAUGAAGAUAAUUAAUUAAAGUUAACAUUCUGUUUUGAAGAAAGCAGAUCAUCUUUCGAAAACUAUGUUCAAAAUGGUACAUUUAUACUUGGAAAAACUUUAGUGUGCAGGUUUUUAGGGGUGUCAUAGGUCAUAGCUCAUUAUAUGAGCUAGGAGGAAUCGGAAAGAAUGGUAAUGGAAAAAAAUUUUCCUUUUGGCCUCAAGAAUCUGCUGUUAAAAUAUAUCUACAAGUCAAAGACCCACCCUGUAUAUUGUGUUUUAUUUCUAUGAAUUAUAGAUGAACUGUAGAUAAAUUGUUGUAAAACCAUUCAAAAUAUAUAUUUUUUGAAAAUAAUAUCCAUUAAAUCUC